AGUUGAGUGAUUGCUAUGUGGUAUCGCGUUUUAUUAGUAUGUGCGGCGGCGAGCGCGGCGGCAGCGCGGCCCGAGGCUGAGACCAGCGCCCCGGUGGCCACCAGCACCGCGGGCCGCGGGGCGGUGCCUACUGCAGCCGCCACCACGCAGCCGCCGCCGGACGAGCGGGCCGUGCUGGCGGAGUUCCCCUCGGCGGUGCUGUUCGGGCGCACGUGCGGCGGCUCCGUGCUGGGCGCGCGCUGGGUGCUCACGGCGGCGCACUGCUCGCUGUUCGGCGCGGGCUCCACGGUGCUGGCCGGCGCCGCGCACUCGCAGCGCGGGGGCACGCUGCGCCGCGUCAAGCGCCUCGUCAUCCACCCCAACUUCUCCGUGGGCCCGUACUGGCUCAGCCCGCAGGCGUUCGGCAUCCAGCAGGUGGCGGCGCACUACGACUUCCUGCUGGCCGAGCUGGAGGACCCGUUGCCCAUAGACAACAAGACCAUCGCGGCCGUGCGGCUGGACGAGGAGCUGACGCACGAGGCGGGGGUGGAGGCGGGGUUCGCGGGGUGGGGCGCGGCGCGGCACGGGGGGACCAUGCGGCACGCGCUGCACGCGGCGCGGCUGUGGCUGGUGGCGGACGCGGAGUGCGGCGCCGCGCUGCCGCAGUACGAAGCGGGCGACAUGCUGUGCGCGCGCGGGCGGGCGGCGGCGGGGGCGGGCGCGGGGGCGGGCGGGGACACGGCGUGCAGCGGGGACAGCGGCAGCGGGCUGCUGGCGGGCGGGCGGCUGCUGGGCGUGGCCUCGUGGGUGGAGCGCGACGCCACAGAGUGCUUCCCGGGCGCGCUGGUGGUGUUCUCGCGCGUGGCCCGCGUGCGCGGCUGGAUCCGGGACGUCACCGGCAUCUAGCACUCGGAGGAUGCAUAUUGCUUAUAGACUCUUUGAUAUUUUAUUAUGCAAUGAUGUAUGGUGGUUGUAAGAUUAGUGACGUGUGGUCUUGCAGAGGUAGAAGUGAGUGAGUUCAUUCUACUUGCACCUUAUGAAAUAGUAAUCCGUUCAAUGAUCUACGUGUGGGGUUCCUAUACUUCCUAUACCUCUAGCCUCUAUGCCUCUGGCGUAAUCUGAUGUUUAUGUACUUACUGGUAUUUUUUUUAUGUUUUGUAAAAUAUGUUUAAAUUAUAAGUACCUACUUAAAUAAGUGUAAAAUUUUACUAAGUAUACAUAAGUACAAUUACGAGCAAUGAAAAAGUUCCAGUGACAAUAUCACAAAAUUACUCCUAGACGUAAAAGACUUGCUUGAUAACGCCGUCUGCAAUAUAGCAGAACGCUAAAUGUUGUAUAAAAAAGUGGCAGCGUAUCGGAAUAUUACCAACUAAAAGCGUAAAUAUUAUAAUGCGAUCUGUUCUGUUUUAAAAAAUUGGGGUCAUUUGGUGUUAACAUUUAAGUGAUAAGAUUGAGAUGGAGUGUGUAAUAAUGAUUUUGUUAUGAUUAGUUACAGUUAAGCUUCCUCGUGGAGGUUAAAGAUAAAUGGAGCAAAAGUCAAUGUUGUUGUGAUAAUAAACCAGAGUGUGUUUAUA